AUGGACCCGGCCAAGAAAAUUGGACAAAUCAAAGAACAAUGUUAUAUGGAAAACAAAGCCAGACGGAAUUAUCCUAAAAAAUGGUUUAAACCAUCAGAUCAAACACUUUGGAAGCAAAUGUAUAAUCAAAACACAUUUAAUCAGCAAUUGAAAGAGGAUCUAAAAUUAAAAGACUUAUGUCCCUAUGAGUACACGGGUCAGGGCGAAUCAUAUUUCGUUUCAUGCGAUAUGUACAAAUCUUUAAUGUCAUCGUGUCGUUGUGGUGAACCACGAACCGGAGCUCAUAUGUUGAAAUGUUUGCAAAAGCAAAAAAACACAUUUUUACAUGAGAACGAGGAGGAAGGAAAUGAUGAAGUACCGAUGAAAAUGCCGGAGACAUCGAACAGUUUUAUAGGUUGGCAUUCAUCAGAUACUACCACUUAUAAGCGAUGGGAACAAUCAAUGCGAUAUACUUCACCGCUGCAAUCAAUGCCAGGUCCUAAAAUCACAUCACACCCAUAUCAUGCCAUAAUAAUUGGUUGA